AUGCCUUUCAGCAUGGAAGUUUUAAUCUUCUCUUUUCUUCCCUUUGUUCUUGCCGUAAUUCUUUUAAAAACAUAUACUUCUUCUUCAAAAUCCCACAAACACCUACCACCAUCUCCCCCAAAGCUACCACUAAUUGGAAACCUUUACCAACUAGGCUCGAGCCCACACCUUACCCUUCAGGUGAUGGCUCAGACAUAUGGUCCACUCAUGUUGAUUCACCUUGGUACUGCGCCGAUACUUAUAGCCUCCUCUGUUGGUGCAGCUCGAGAGAUCCUGAAAACCCAUGAUGUAUCAUUUGCAAGCAGACCGAAACUAAACAUCCCUAGUAAAAUUUCUUAUGCUUGCAAGGACAUAGCUUUCUCACCAUAUGGAGAGUAUUGGAGGCACGUAAAGAGCAUUGCGGUACUCCAUCUUUUAAGCAACAAAAGGGUUCAGUCAUAUCGAUACGUGAGAGAGGAGGAGAUGUCUCAUAUGAUGGAAAAGAUUCGAAGAGAUAGUGAAUCGGUUGUUAAUUUGAGCGAGUUAGUUGUUUCGCUUACAAACAAUGUAGUUUGUAGGGUAUCUUUGGGGAAAAGAUAUGAUGGGAGGAAUUUUAAGAACGUGUUAGAUAGGACUGUGACGUUGUUGGGAAGCUUUAGUGUUGGGAGUUAUAUUCCAUCACUAAGAUAG